ACAAAGAUGAAGUCAUUUACGGCGAUGCUGCUUCUAUCGCUCUGUCUGCUUUUCGCUGUACGCAUACGGGAAAUCGUCGCCCAAAGCGUACAACAAAACAACGACCAAACUUCUCACAUCGUACUGCUCGGAUCCACCAGACCCGACGGGACGCGUGAAUUCCGCUGCGGUGGAUCAUACCUUGGCCGAAACGUAGUGCUGGCCGGUGCGCACUGUAUCACCGGCAAAAAUCAACCCACCCUCGAUACGGUGCGCUUCGGCACCGGUACGAACAAUGUUAUGCAUUUUCGCAUCGUCAACCACACGCUGCACUAUCGCUACAAACCGCAGUUCGAAUACCAUAACAUGGCUGUGUACUAUCUCGAUGCGAGUCCCGAUAGUGGCGGUGCCGGCCGCUUCAAACCGGCUUGCAUACUGAAGCCACACAUGAAGCAGGGCAUUGUACAGAUGGUUGGGGACAGCUCUAACGGGCGCGGAUUGUCACUCCAGUCGACCUCGUUGGAUGUGGUACCGUCCGAAAAGUGUCACGAAUACUACAAUCCCAUCCCGAAGCUUCGCUUCGGCGUGCUGCUCUGCUGUUUCUGUGCCAUGAACUCCGACACCACCGAAUGUUCUAAUAUGCACAGCUCUCCGCUACAGCUGGUCAUCAAUCGGAACGGGAAGCGUGUACCGUUUCUCAUCGGCCACAAGUCGAUCGGGAAGGCUUGCGGUGUCAAAAGUCCGGCAGUCUUCACGCGCUACGGAUCGUACUACGAGUGGUUGGAAACGAUCACCAACUUGCCGUUAGAGGCGACCGAUUGCUUUAGCCGCUACUGAUGAAACGGGAGAUAAAUUGUCAUCUAAAAGCGGCACCUGAUUAUGCGCAACAAUUGUGCCCCACAGCGAAAUAGGCCGAACACACCACAAAACCUGUUUUCAAUUUUGGAAUCUCUUUAAUAGCGGACAGGGUAAAUCCCACCAUAUGAUUUGGGAUUUUUGAAUGUGCCGUGACUCAUUGCUUUGGUAAGGUAAAGCUGAACACGAUAUAUUUAACUUAUAUAUACAUUAUACACGUUACUGAUGAGUUCAUGUAACUUUUACUAAUCAGACCAGAGCAAAGUUUCUGUAAUCAGGAAGGGAAUAGUAUUGUCUCUGAUAC